UGAAAAAUAAAGAUUUUUCCUUUUAAUUUUUCUUUGAACAACUUGUAUUGAUUUUCUUUGCUUUAAUCUUUUGUAGCCCAAGAAGAUUACAAAGUGGGGGAUUUAAUAUUUACUCGCGGAGAUUUUGCAUGGACACCAUGAAAACACAGAAGAGAGAGAAAGAUAACAAAAGUAAGCAAAAAAAAAAAAAAAAAAAGAAUUUGCAACUAAAGUAAAUCACAACUACAAGUUUAAAGUAGAGGAAGAUAAAGACCUACACAAAAAUAAAGAAAAGGACUUGUGCAAAGCUAGUAGUAUCAUCAUCAUCAUCAGAGCCAAGAAACAAGCUUUAGCAAGUACACUGAUGAUAAAGAUCCAGCUACUAGUUAAUCUUCUCCACCACUAUCAAUAUCUAUAUCCACAUGAGUUUCUAAAGAUAUCUAACUUGAUUUCUAGUAUAAUAUGGGGUUUCAAAACGCAAGAGAAAGAGGCACAACAACACUAUCAUCAUCAGCUGCAAGCAGUAUGAAACCUUUUGCUACUAACAGUGAAAAUACAGCCACCAUUGCUCAAUACAAUGCAGAUGCUGGGCUUUUAGCUGAGUUUGAGCAAUCAGGUGUAUCUGGUAAGUCUUUUAAUUACUCAAGAUCAGUGCUUUCUGCUCCACAUAAUGUUCCUGAAGAGCAAAUUACUGCUUAUUUAUCUAGAAUCCAAAGGGGUGGGCUUAUUCAGCCAUUUGGUUGUAUGGUUGCAAUCGAAGAACCCACUUUUAGAAUCAUUAGUUAUAGUGAAAAUUGCUUUCACUUAUUGGGUCUGAGUGCAAGUUCUGUACUCGAGUCCAAUCAGGUAAAGGGUUUGAUCGGAAUUGAUGUAAGAGCCCUUUUUACCCCCCAAUCAGGGGCUUCAUUGUCUAAAGCUGCUGCUUCUAGGGAGAUUUCAAUGUUAAACCCAAUUUGGGUUUAUUCUAGAACCUCCCAAAAGCCAUUUUAUGCUAUUUUGCACAGGAUUGAUGUGGGAAUUGUAAUUGAUUUGGAGCCUGCACGAUCUGGCGAUCCUGUUCUCUCACUUGCUGGUGCUGUACAGUCACAGAAACUUGCUGUUCGUGCGAUUUCUAGACUGCAGUCACUUCCUGGUGGUGAUAUUGGUAUGUUGUGUGAUACAGUUGUGGAGGAUGUUCAAAAACUCACUGGGUAUGAUAGGGUUAUGGUGUACAAAUUUCACGAUGAUGAUCAUGGUGAAGUACUGUCAGAAAUUAGGAGGUCUGAUUUGGAACCUUACUUGGGGUUGCACUAUCCUGCCACAGAUAUCCCCCAAGCAGCACGUUUCUUGUUCAAACAGAAUCGUGUGAGGAUGAUUUGUGAUUGCCAUGCCAAUCCUGUUAGGGUCAUUCAAAGUGAAGAGUUGAAGCAUCCUCUUUGUUUGGUCAAUUCGACCCUUAGGUCACCCCAUGGUUGCCAUACACAGUACAUGGCCAAUAUGGGGUCUAUUGCUUCACUGGUGAUGGCUGUUGUGAUAAAUGGUAAUGAUUCAACCAAGCUUUGGGGGCUUGUUGUGUGCCACCACACUUCCCCACGCUAUGUCCCUUUUCCACUUCGAUAUGCCUGCGAGUUCCUCAUGCAGGCUUUUGGGCUACAGCUUUAUAUGGAGCUUCAGUUGGCAGCAAAGUUGGUGGAGAAGAAGAUUCUCCAAACCCAAACCUUACUUUGUGAUAUGCUUCUCCGAGAUGCCCCUUUCGGUAUUGUGACCCAAUCCCCUAGUAUUAUGGAUCUUGUGAAGUGUGAUGGAGCUGCAUUAUACUAUAGAGGGAAAUGUUGGUUGCUGGGCAUAACUCCAACCGAAUCACAGGUAAAAGAUAUUGCAGAUUGGUUGCUGAACAAUCAUGGAGAUUCUACUGGGUUGACUACUGAUAGCUUAGCAGAUGCUGGUUAUCCUGGUGCUCUAUUACUUGGUGAUGCUGUUUGUGGUAUGGCUACUGCUAGAAUCACUUCAAGAGAUUUUUUGUUCUGGUUCAGGUCUCACACUGCCAAGGAAAUCAAAUGGGGAGGAGCAAAGCAUCAUCCAGAAGAUAAAGAUGAUGGUCAAAGAAUGCAUCCAAGAUCGUCAUUUAACGCUUUCCUGGAGGUGGUAAAGAGCAGAAGUAUGCCUUGGGAGGUUUCAGAAAUUAAUGCUAUUCACUCUUUACAGCUAAUAAUGAGAGACUCAUUUCAGGAUAUGGAGGACAGUGCUUCAAAGGCAAUGGUUAAUGCUCAGCAAACUGACACUGAUGUGCAGGGGAUUGAUGAACUAAGUUCAGUGGCAUGUGAAAUGGUUAGAUUAAUUGAGACAGCUACAGCACCAAUUUUUGGGGUUGAUUCAGCAGGUUCUGUUAAUGGAUGGAAUGCUAAAAUUGCAGAGUUGACUGGUUUACAAGCUAGUGAAGCAAUGGGAAAGUCACUGGUUCGUGAAGUUGUUCACAAGGAUUCAUAUGAAUUUGUUGAAAGUCUUUUAUGCAGGGCUUUGCAAGGUGAGGAGGACAAAAAUGUUGAGUUGAAACUAAGAAAAUUCGGGCUUCAUCAACAAAACUCAGCUGUAUUUGUUGUGGCCAAUGCCUGCACAAGUAGGGACUACGCAAACAAUGUUAUAGGGGUCUGCUUUGUGGGUCAAGACGUCACAUCUGAGAAAAUUGUCAUGGAUAAAUUUCUCCGACUACAAGGAGAUUACAAGGUUAUCAUAGAAAGUCUUAAUCCUCUUAUUCCACCAAUAUUUGCUUCUGAUGAAAAUGCCUGCUGUUGUGAAUGGAAUGCUGCUAUGGAAAGGCUGACGGGUAGAACAAGACAGGAGGUCAUAGGUAAAAUGCUUCCUGGGGAGAUUUUUGGAGGUUUGUGUCGGCUAAAAGAUCAAGAUACUCUAACUAAGUUUAUGAUUCUAUUGUAUCGAGGACUUAGUGAUCAAGAUACCGAUAAGUUUCCAUUUGGCUUUUUCAAUAGACAAGGGAAAUUUGUCGAGGUGUUCUUAACAGCAAACAAAAGGACGGAUGCAGAUGGGAAAACUAUUGGCUGUUUCUGCUUCUUGCAGGUUAUUGGGCCUGACCUGCAACAGACCUUAGAUGAACAUAAGCAAGAGGACCAAGAGAGCCUUCUAAAACUUAAACAGCUGGCUUACAUACGAGAAGAAAUGAAAAGUCCUUUAAGUGGUAUCCGGUUUACCCACAAACUCCUUGAGGAUACAGCAACAUCAGAACAUCAGAAGCAGUUCCUUGAAACAAGUGAUGCCUGUGAAAAACAGAUCAUGACCAUAAUAGAGGAUAUUGAUUUAGCAAAGCUAGAGGAAGGCAAGAUCGAGCUCAAGGUGGAAGAAUUUUUUUUGGUAAACGUUUUAGAUGCCAUUGUUAGCCAAAUUAUGCUCUUGCUAAGGGAAAGGAGUAUACAGCUCUUUCAUGAGAUUCCAGAGGAAAUUAAAACAGUUUCUGUAUAUGGUGAUCAAAUUAGGCUUCAACUGGUUCUGUCAGACUUCUUGCUCAGUGUGGUUCGUCAUGCACCUUCUCCAGAUGGUUGGGUAGAAAUUAAGGUUUCAUCUGGCCUGAAGCUGAUGCAGGAUAGCCAUGAGUUUCUCCGUGUACAGAUCAGAAUGACACACCCUGGUCAAGGCCUUCCUUCUGCCCUCACUGAAGAUAUGUUUGAGGAGGGCAAUUGCUGGACCACACAAGAAGGUCUGGCGCUAAAGCUGUCUCGGAAACUACUCCAUCAGAUGAAUGGCCAUGUCCACUAUACUAGAGAGCAUAAUAAAUGUUUCUUUCUCAUCGACCUUGAAUUGAAGUUGAAGAACAGACAAAAGGGGGGACAAGCAGAUACAAGUAGAAUGACCUAUCUUUCUGCUUGAUUGCUUGUAUUUAGGAUAACAAGAUUUCAUGGUGAACUCAAGUUUUACUGUAGUUCUAGUUGCUUCACUCGAUGCAUACUCAUGCGUUACCAUUUCAACACCCAAUUGUAUAUUUCUCAAUUCCUAAGGAUGGCAUUGAGUAGCGUACAUGUAUUUGUAUAUUUACCAUCUUUUCUGAAUAAACGUAUGCCAUCAAGGUUGGGCUUGGGGCUCAUCCGAUGUAAAAGCUCAGUUUGUAAUGUAUAAUGUAUAUACCAUUACCGUUCAUCAUGCCA